ACGAAGCUCGGGGGCUGGAGACCCCUUCCUCCCAGUUCCAACUUGAUCCUGUGAGCCAAGAGCGGAGAAUAGUCCCCCGCCCCCCGUUUCCUUGGGAUGAGAGUCUGAGGGAGAGAGGAAGUUGGGAAGCUCGCCGUGGUCUGGCGACGGCCGGGGCUUCCCGCUCUGGGCCGCCCGCCGCCGCCGCCCCCUCGGCCGUCGUGGGCUAAGCCGGGCUGCGGCAGAAGCCCUCUCGCCCCAGGGAGCCGCUUUCGUUGCCGGCCGCCGGGUUACUGGUUCCCAUUAAUCUCCCGCACUGGCCCUCGCUGUCUCCACUUCCUGUCUUGGCAUAUUUCUCUGUCUCGCCCUCCCCUCCCCCCGCGCGUUUCCAGAUUCUCUUUUAGGAAAAAAAAAAAGCGAGGGAGGUUGAGGGGGGGGCAGAAGAGAGAGAGAGUUGCAUCUGGCCAAGCGAAGAGAUCAGAACUGGAGGCGAUCUCCGGCGAGCUGCAACAGCUGGACUCGACAUCUGCACUUCUUCCAGCGCAGGGCAGCAGCCCAGAAGGAUGAAAGACUACAGGAUGCCCUGCUUGGCGACAAUGAAUAUCUACAAAAAUUAAGUAUUUUCACAAAGUGCUGGGUUGAGCAACAAGGUUUCCAGGUUUAUAGAGAGCAGAAAUGACCAUGACUGCCAACAAGAUUGCCAGUGUCACCAAGAGAGCUGGAGGAAGUAAAGUGCCUCGGGAUAGUCUCGAUAGGUGUCAAUCAGUCUCUCCACCGCCUCUUCUAUACCAACCAAGAAGCCCAACAUAUCCCCUCAGCGACAGUGAGGAUUCCUGCCGCUCCAGUAGUUUGACCAAAGUUUCCGGCUCCAGGGUGCUCCUCAAGGACCGGACUAACUGUGGAGUUACCUUGAGAAGCACCUCAAGUUCCCCCUCAGACACCGAAUCUCCAAAUCACCCCCUCAAAACUGUCAGCAUUGGCUGCUUGGACAAAAGGCUCUCUCUUUUCCAGACUGAAGACCAAAAGGAGGCCUCCAAGGAGACUCAGGAUGGAGAAGCUGUAGGCAGCCGCCAGCUUACGCGGAGCACUCUCUCCUUGGGGUCUGCAGCGAACCUCCGGAACCUCUCCCUCAGCAGGGUCAGCGUCCAUUCCCAAGCACUCGAUAUCAGGCAGAAGAUAUCAGAAUGGGAAUGUCGGAAAGAACCUUCCCCUAGGAUGAGUGUAUGCUUGGACAAGAGGGAUGUUGGGGACAGGUCAGGCAGUGAGACUUGCCCUAGUAUGUUGCCUUCUCCCUGCAGCGAGAAGACAUUUGACUACAAAGGGUUCCGGAGGAUGAGCAGAACGUUUUCCGAAUGCUCCUACCCAGAAACAGAGGAGGAGGAAUUCCUGGACAGAGAUUCCUGCCACAGGUUUGAAAAGAGGCCAAGCAGGAGUGAGUCGGCAAAUGCUUUCUUCAAGGGGAACGCAAGAAAAGAGAGUUCUGCCGUGCUGAACAGAAUACAGAAGAUUGAGCAGGCUUUAAAAGAACAGCCAGGCAGGGGUCUUCCUCAGUUGCCCAGUAGCUGCUAUAGUGUUGACAGAGGAAGAAAAAAGUCUGUGACUUCGGGUAUUGUCGAGGACUUGAAUGAGAACACAAAUGAUAGUAAAGCAGGGAGUGUUAUUUGUGGGAGUAGUCCAGAGACACCCACUGAGACUGAUAAAACUAGUAAAAUGCCACAAGGACUCAAUGCCACAGUUAGUCCUGUUGGUCCUAAGCUGCUUCCUGAGAACUUGGCGAACACAGCGGUAAACCCUGUGCCCAAGCCCAAACGCACCUUCGAGUAUGAAGCUGACAAGAACCAUAAAAGUAAACCAAGCAAUGGCCUACCUCCUUCACCUCUGGCUGCUGUUCCUCCCCCUCUUCCGUCAACUCCUGCUCCCCCUGUCACCCGGAGACAGAAAAAAGAGUCACGCUUCCACAGAAAAUCCCAAAAUAGAAAAUCCUAUGAGUUUGAAGAUGCUUCAAGCCUCCAGUCCUUGUACCCUCCCUCCCCAAGUGAGAAUGGAACUGAAAGCCAGCACAAGUUUGGAUCUAAGAGCACUUUAGAAGAGAAUGCCUACGAAGACAUUGUAGGAGAUUCACCCAAGGAAAAUCCGUACGAGGAUGUGGAACUAAAAGCCCGUAAUGCAGGCCGAAAAUCCCAGCAGUUCUCAGAAAGUUCCCUAGAUACUUUGCACAGGAUGUGGACUCCGCAGGACAGGAAGUACACAACACCUCCACAGCUACCUUCAAAGCCCAGCAGCCAGUCACUAAGAAUCGGAAACUGGUCAGAAAGGAGAAGCCAUCGUGUACCACGGUUACCCAAGAGACACAGUCAUGAUGACAUGCUGCUGCUGGCCCAGCUUGGCAUUCCCUCCUCUCCAUCCAGCCUGAAUGAAGACAGUUUGAGUACUACCAGCGAACUUCUUUCCACACGCAGAGCCCGGAGGGUGCCAAAGCUUGUACAAAGGAUCAAUUCUAUCUAUAGUGCAAAGAGAGGGAAAAAAAGAUUGAAGAAGCUUUCAAUGUCCAAUAUUGAAACAGCAUCACUGAGAGAUGAAAAUAGUGAGAGUGAGAGUGAUUCAGAUGACAGGUUUAAAGCUCACACCCAGCGCCUUGUCCACAUCCAGUCAAUGCUGAAGAGAGCUCCUAGUUACCGGACUUUGGAACUGGAGCUGAUUGAAUGGCAGGAACGUGAAUUGUUUGAGUAUUUUGUGGUAGUUUCUCUUAAGAAGAAGCCCUCUAAAAAUACUUACCUCCCUGAAGUCACAUAUCAGUUUCCAAAGCUAGAAAGACCCACAAAGCAAGUUCGUGAAGCAGAAGAACGUCUCAAGGCCAUCCCACAGUUCUGCUUCCCAGAUGCCAAGGACUGGAACCCAGUGUCAGAAUACAACAGUGAAACAUUCUCUUUUAUGCUGACGGGAGAAGAUGGCAGCAGAAGGUUUGGUUACUGCAGAAGAUUACUACCAAGUGGAAAAGGUCCACGCCUACCUGAAGUAUAUUGUGUGAUCAGCCGCCUGGGUUGCUUUGACUUAUUUUCCAAGAUACUGGAUGAAGUUGAAAGGAGAAGAGGAAUAUCUGCUGCCCUGGUUUAUCCAUUUAUGAGAAGUCUGAUGGAGUCUCCUUUUCCUGCACCUGGAAAGACAAUCAAAGUCAAGACUUUCCUGCCUGGAGCUGGAAAUGAGGUGAUAGAACUCCGAAGGCCAAUGGACUCUCGCCUGGAACAUGUGGACUUUGAGUGUCUUUUCAAGUGUCUGAGUAUACGACAAAUAAUCAGAAUCUUUGCCUCCCUCCUGUUGGAACGUCGAGUGAUCUUCAUAGCAGAUAAACUCAGCACCUUGUCCAGCUGCUCUCAUGCGGUGGUGGCUUUGCUGUACCCCUUCUCCUGGCAACACACAUUCAUUCCAGUCCUGCCUUCUUCCAUGAUUGACAUUGUCUGCUGCCCUACUCCAUUUCUGGUUGGAUUGCUUUCCAACUCACUGCCUAAAUUAAAGGAGCUACCAGUAGAAGAGGCUUUGAUGGUGAACCUUGGAUCUGAUCGUUUCAUCAGACAGAUGGAUGAUGAAGACACACUUUUGCCUAGGAAAUUGCAAGCAGCUCUGGAGCAGGCUCUAGAGAGGAAGAGUGAUUUAAUAAACCAAGAUUCAGACAGCGAAUCAGAUGAGGAGUGUAAUACUCUGAAUGGAUUAGUAUCAGAAGUGUUCAUCCGUUUCUUUGUGGAGACGAUUGGACACUAUUCCCUUUUCCUCACUCAAAAUGAAAAGGCCGAGCGAGUCUUCCAAAGAGAGGCUUUCCGCAAAUCUGUGGCUUCAAAGAGCAUCCGCCGUUUCUUAGAGGUCUUUAUGGAAUCUCAGAUGUUUGCUGGGUUUAUCCAAGAUAGAGAACUCCGAAAAUGCAGGGCAAAAGGUCUCUUUGAACAGAGGGUUGAACAGUAUUUGGAAGAGCUUCCAGACACUGAACAAAGUGGAGUAAAUAAGUUUCUGCGAGGCCUUGGAAAUAAAAUGAGGUUCCUUCACAAGAAGAAUUAAUUCAUUUCUACUGAAAUAUGGAUCCAAAGACUAUUUAUGAUGCUGGCACAGAUCACCACCUACAUCUUUUUCCCCGAUUCUGAUGCUGGAGGGGACAAAAUUAGCUGGUCACAAGUUUAAGUGACUGCAAAUGAUGUUUCACUGUGCAUCAGCAAUAAUAAUAAUAAUAAUAAUAAUAAUGUAUUUGGAUAGAUAUUUGUAAAUGAUGUGCUGUAAGCAUCCUUAACAAACAAACAAAAAUUGUCACGAGCACGGACAACUGUGGUAAUAUUUGUAUAUUCCUGAAAAUAACAGGUGCUUCUUUCUUUAGUGCAAACUGAGUUAUGCUUGGUGCAAACUGAAUAGCUAAUUAUGUGCAGCCGACUGUCUCAGCGGAACCACUGACUUCAUCAGAUAUUUGUGAGAGCUACAUGGUGUACUGUGGAAGCGAAUGAACUCCAGUGUGGGAAUUUGGGGGUGGGGGUAUAUGAAAGAGGUCUGAUUUUUUAUAUGACAGAGUUUAUAUUUUUCUCUAGUGUUUCUUCUAAUUAAUUUUUCAAGAAAAAGAAUAACAAGUUAUUCUGUAAUAAGGUACUUGAUUCACAAUCACAGAUUAUCUGCUUUGUUUUAAAUGAUGGUCAGUAAAUUAUAAUGCGUUCUGCACUAUGAUUGCUAAACAUGGAGAAAUCUCUGGCGUUUUGACACACAGGCUGCAAAUGGUGAGGUACAGUCCAUCUUUUUCUAAUGUAUGUAUGAUUUCUAAUAAAUUGUGUAAAUACUUGUGUCAAAUGUCA